AUGUCGAGCCACAACGUUUCUGUCUCGUCCGUGGACGAGUUGAUUUCUCCAGUGACAACCGACUCCAUGGUCACCGUGGCCCUGUCGGACCGGCAGUCGUCGGCCAUUGGAGACGAAGACGAGGCCGGCAGCAUCGAGCUCCCGACUACGCCCGUUGCCGAGAAAGAAGACGGCUACAUCUCUCAGGAGACCGAGGUUGAAGCCGACACGACGCCGAAAAACGAAAGCACAGUCAAGCUGGACGUGGCAACUCUGGAGGGUGACGUUCUUGAGGGGAAUAAUCGUAGUUCGACCGAGUUGGAACUCGAAACAAGCUCCAAUCCCCCAUCGCCAACUGGAAGCGAUGGCGUGGACUGGGAGAAGCUGGAUAAAACGGAGGAACAAGAACCACGCACAGACACAUCGGACGAGUCAACCUCUUUGUUGCUCGCUCGCUUGGAACAAGAGAACAAUGCCCUUGCUACAGAUCCGAAAUCAGCGCUGGUUAAAACACCCGGCUCCCGUCAGUCGCGGCCGCCAUCGAUCCAACAUUUGCAAAAACUUGUCAACGAUCCACGAUCAUCUCUACGCUAUUCCCGAUUACCCCCACCACCCAUGACCGAACUUGAAUUCUGGGCUGCCCUGGUGGCUGAUUAUCCCUCUACCGCGCAAAGAUUACCGACAUUGACAUCCAACAAGAUCCGCGCCGGCGUCCCUGCACCUCUGCGAGGCGUGGUCUGGCCGAGUAUAGCCGGAGCCAGAGACACGCAGUUGUUCGAGGAGUUCGGACGACUUUGCGGCGAAUCUAGCCCUUACGAGAAUCUCAUUGGAAAAGAUAUCGGCCGUAGCUUUCCCAAUGUGGAAAUGUUCAGAGACCCUAACGGAGAAGGCCAGCAAAUGCUGGCCAGGGUUCUGAAAUGCUUCAGCCUUUAUGAUUCGAAGAUUGGCUAUUGUCAGGGGCUUGGCUUUGUUGUCGGGCCAUUGCUCAUGCAUAUGACGGACGCCGAGUCGUUUUCUGUUUUGAUUAGGCUCAUGGAACACUACGACCUCCGCUCAUGCUUCCUUCCAGACCUGUCAGGGCUGCACCUACGAAUUUACCAAUUCCAAAACCUACUCUCUCGCCAUUUGCCAGCCCUCUUCACCCACAUGGAAACACUGGGGGUCGAGCCCAUCUAUGUCUCGCAGUGGUUCUUGUCGUUCUUUGCUGUUACUUGUCCGCUGCCUAUGCUUCUCCGCAUCUACGAUGUCUUGCUCCUGGAGGGUGCAUCGGAGACGCUGAUGAGAGUUGCGCUGUCGCUCAUGCAGCGGAAUGAGAAGAAGCUUUUGUCGUGUACGGAAUUUGAGGAUGCGAUGCAGAUGUUGUUGUCUCGGAGUUUAUGGGAUACGUAUGCCUGUAACGCGGACGACCUGGUUAAUGACUUUGUUUCCUUGACUCCUUUGGUCACCAAAGAAAACCUGCGGGCCCUGGAGGCCAGCUACAGCCAGUCCCAAGGUGUGCCAACGGGACUUACGUUUCCUCAGAUGCAAGCGUCUGCCACUCGGCUUUUGGGACGUAUGUGGGCAGGAUCAAGCUCUCACAAGUCGUUGAAUCUUCCGCCAGCACGACCCGAGAGCAUCCUUCGGCGCUCGGCGUCUAAACAGAGUAUGGCCUCGACCCUGAACUCGAUGGAGAGUUCAGUUUCGGAUGGUAGCACUGCACCGAGUGAGGUUUCUGCAGGCGAGCUAAAGCCGCGCACCAAGUCGGCUAUAUCUCAUAAAGACAAAGACCUACAUGGGCAGAUUGAAGAUCUUCUGAUGGCUUUGAGUGACCUGCAACGCGAGCAGGCCGAUCUUGCUCGAGACUUGCAGCGCGAGCGCGAAGAGCGGGAGGAAGACCAGCAGCUUGCCAAGGCCAUGCUCAACCAUAUAAAGCAGUUGGACCAGAAGGAGUCAAACAGUACAGAGUUGGGUGCUGACGAAUUAGAAAACGUUCAGCUGGACGGCGAGGAAGGCAUCGACCAACUUAUUAGCAAAGCCGAGGAGCGAUUCUCAAACAUCAGCAGGCCUGCAUCAAUCACUCAAACAAAACAGCAACUGAAGGAAGAUGCGGGCCAGUGGAAGGAAAAGUACGAGAUGGAAGCGUCCAGAUGCGCCGACUUGGGCAGACGGCUCGACGCGCAUGAAAGCGACAAUUCUCGGCUGAAAGAAGAAGUGAGAGAGGCGCGGUCUCGGAUCCAAGACGGCCACCGAGAAAAACAGAAGCUCGAAAGAACGAUAAACGACCUGCGCGCUAACAAGGUGGUGACCGACAACGGCCAAAGCCUGUCAAGCAGCCCACGUGAGCGUGACGCGUCGCCUGGACCUUCGGGCCUGCGGGAGUUUAAGCUUGGCCGGUCAGAUUCGUACAAGGCCAAACUGCCCAAAAGGACGAGUAGUUUGGGCAUCCAGUCAAUACUUGGAGCUGCUAUGGGAACUGGCACUGGCACUGGCACUGGCACUGCAACCUCAACUGAGAGCAGCCCAGCGGCAAGCCCGAACUCGGACGAUGCACUGCUGCUCGAACUAGUCCAGGCCAAGACGGCAGAAGCGGUGGCCAAGCAAGAACUGGAAGAAGUCAAGGCAAAACUGGACUCGCUUCGCAGACUGAUGAAUGGCCCUGCACGGGCGAAGACCACGAUAGAUCUGAACACGACGAACACGACGAACCCAACCAAACUAUCGCCUGACCCGGUCAAGCCAGCGCCAACAGGGGGAGGGUUUUUUGGUUGGGGGAGGAGAAGUGCAUCGACGGCGGGGCUUGAGUCGAAAUGA